AUGAAGGCUAUCCAGAUCACCAAGCACGAGCACCCGAGCAAGCUCUCCGUCUCGGAGGUUGCCGCGCCCAAGCCCGCCGACGGCCAGGUGCUCGUCGACGUGCACGCUGCCGGUCUCAACUUUUUCGACAUCCUCCAGUCGCAGGGCAAGUACCAGAACCAGCCCCCCAUGCCGUUCAUCCUCGGCGCCGAGUUUGGUGGCAAGAUUAGCGAGCGCUCGCCCAUUCCCAAGGGAUGCAAGUACAAGCAUGGCGACCGCGUGUUCGGCUACGCCCAGGGUGCGUUCUCGGAGCACGUCGUGUCCGACCCCAAGUCGCUGCUGCCGAUCCCCAAGAACGUCUCGUACGCCCAGGCGGCGGGCAUCUACCUCACCUUCCCGACCUCGUACGAGGCGCUCGUGGGCCGCGCCAAGGCCCAGGCGGGCGAGUGGGUCCUCGUCCUCGCCGGUGCCGGUGGUGUGGGUCUCGCCGCGUGCCAGAUCGCCAAGAUGCUCGGGUGCAAGGUCAUUGCCGCUGCGGGUUCCGACGACAAGCGCAAGAUCUGCGUCGACAAGGGCGGCGCCGACUACACGAUCGACUAUGGCAAGGAAGGGUGGCAGAAGGAGGUGAUGAAGAUUACGGGCGGCCACGGCGUCGACGUCGUGUACGACCCUGUGGGCAUGCUGGUCCCCUCGCUCAAGUGCGUGGCGUGGAACUCGCGCCUCGUCGUCGUCGGCUUUGCCGCCGGCACGAUUGAAAAGGUGCCCGCCAACCUCGUGCUCUUGAAACAGUGCUCCAUCGUCGGCCUGUUCUGGGGCGCGACGGCCAUCCGCGACCCUCCCCGCUACCACGAGGUCCUCAACCUCGUCCUCGGACACAUUGAGCGCGGCGAGCUCGUCCCUUACACCUUUGACAAGCUCUACGACGGCCUCGACAAGGUCCCCGAGGGCCUGGGCGACAUUGAGAACCGCAAGACUUGGGGCAAGGCCAUUGUCCAGGUCGUCAAGGACGACAAGGCCAAGCUCUAG